AUGUCAAGCUCAGGGCUAGAUUUCACUCCAGGAAAAGUGUACUACCACGGGAUACCUCCAGUCAGGGCCAUUCCAUGCCUGUCUCCGUUCGGACUGAAGCUGGAGACUUACCUGCGGAUGGCCGGUAUUCCGUACGAACCCUCCCCUCCCAUAGCCAUGGGGCCGAAGGGAAAACUGCCUUGGAUUGAGUACAACGGACAAGCUCUGGGCGACUCCAACCUGAUUAUUGAGUUUCUGAACCAGGAGAAGGGCGUGGAUCUGGACCGGUCCCUCCUGGAUACCGACCGGGCCGUCAGUCGGGCCUUCGUGAAAAUGUUGGAAGAGAACACAUAUUGGGGAGGCGCCAAGUGUAAAUGGAUCGAUAACCUGGACAAGAUGCAGGAUCUUUGGGAGGUUUCCUGGUUCAUUUUCUACUUCUACCUGAAGCCUGCGGUCAAAAUCAUCCAGAAGAACAUGUGGGCACACGGCAUCGGGCGUCACUCCGACCGGGAGCUGGAAGCCAUUGUCGAGAAAGAUCUCAAAGCUCUCUCGGACUUUCUGGGUUCUAAGCCGUAUCUGAUGGGAGAUGAACCGACCGAGGGUGAUGCUGCGGUCUUUGGUUUCUUGGCACAAAUCCUGUGGACCAUGCCGGGUACAUACAUGUACAGGAUCGCUACGGAGGACUGUCCCAACCUGCAGGCCUACAGCUUCCGUAUGAAGGAACGCUAUUGGCCAGACUGGGACCAGCUGACUGGAAACACCAAUAAGUGGAACCAAUGAAAUCACAUUUGUGAUUGGUUCCUUCAAAAGUACAUACAUUUUAUAAGAUUCUAGCCAGUUUUUGAAUGUAUUUGAUCGAUUUUACGUAAUGUAAUAGAAUAAGGAUUACAUAAGUGAUGAUUGCUUUAUUUGUAGAAAACGCAUUGUCAUA